AUGUUUAAAAGCAGUUCUAUUUCAAAAUUUGGCGGUUCAAAUAUUUGUCAUUGCCCUAAGAGUAACAACUUGUUAGUUAUUAUAAGAUGGAGAUCAGAUUAUCCACCAGGACAUAGAAACCGCAAGAGGAGGAAAGCUGCAUUCAAAAGGUAUAGUUAUAGUGAUACCAAUGCUUUUACAUGCUUACAGUCCGAUUCAAUUUGGAAGCCAGUGAGGCCAUCUGAUAUUAGUGGUAAUAAACAACUACUAGAUUACGAAAAGCUUCCAAAGUUAAGAGAUAGCCUUGAGAAAGUACUCUAUGAGCCAUUGGUACUUCAUACAUUACGAGACGAGAGGACUGGCGCAUAUAAUUAUGACAAAACUUUGGAAGUGGUAAACACAAUAACUCCAGAAACCUCAUCAUCAUCUUUGAAUUUCAUACCGCCACAGAAAGAUGAAAUUCUAUGGAAUAUGGCAAAUCAAAAAAAUUUAAAGUACAUUUCAUCAACGAGCUCUAUGACUGCUGUUUUGUCUCAAUUACACUUUUUACUUUCCAAUUGUAGGGCACUAAAUGUAACUAAUUAUUUAGAGUCGAAAGAUGUGUUACUGCCAUCAAGCAAAAAUUUUAAAUCAGCGCAAAUUCCAGCUUCAAUCAUAGUCAGCAAAUUAAAAAAAACAGUUAACCAUAAAGUUUUCACUGUUAAAUCAAUUGACUCUGAUCCAUACUUUAAUAGAGAAAUGAUUUUAUCAGCUUUAGGUCAUACCUUAGAAGAAUUUUUGACAAGAGGUGGAAACCAGUCUAGUGAUUACGAUCCUAAUGAAAGACACUACCAUUAUUCAAUCGUUGAUGAUUUUUUAAUCAGAUCACAACUGGAUUGUUACAACCCAUUACUGCCAAAUAAUGGUGUCUUUGAUCUGAAAACUAGAGCUGUUGGUGCAAUUAGAUACGAUUUACCUUUUGUGGAAAGAAAUCUAAACUACACAGGGUACGAGAUAAAUAAAUUACAUGGUCAAUUUGAAUCUAUGAAUAGAGAAUUCAAAGAUAUGAUAAAAGGUCCACUUCUAAAAUAUUCAUUACAAGCUAGAAUGGGUGCCAUGGAUGGUAUUUUUGUUGCCUAUCAUAAUAUAAAUAGAAUUUUUGGAUUUCAAUACCUACCAUUAGAAUAUUUGGAUCAUAUUUUACAUUCGGCAUCUGAUUAUAAAUUCAGAACUUCUUUAAAAGAUAAAGAGAACAUAACUAAAAGUGUAUUUGGAAUUAAUGAACAUGUUCUCAACCAUGAGUAUAAAGAAAGGGAAAUUUCUACUUUGCUUGCGGAUGCUGAGUUUAAGUUAUCAAUGCAAAUAUUUAAAAAAAUAUUGGUAUUCAUUGAAAAUAAAUAUGCAGCUAACCAUUUCAAGUGGGAAAAAUUGAAAAUAAUGAUGAAAAUCGAUGUUUCGAAAGCCAAAGAACCUAAACUAGAUGUUAUUUGUUUACCAAUGGAAGCAGGAUCUAGUAAUAAAUAUCUAUCACCUCUAGUUAGAGACAAUGACUCCAAAAAUAUAACUGCUAUGUUAGAUAGAGUGAAAGCAGAGCAUGAUCAGUUCUUAAAAUUACAUCUUAAAAAGGCUAUUGGACUUGUAAUAAAUGUUAAAAAUAUAUUUGGAAGACACUCAUCAUCUCCAAAUUACUCAGAACUAUUUAAUACUAACAGUACUGUUGAUUUAGAUUUUGACGAUAAGAGUUACUUGAAUCAUAAAAUGAACAAGGAUUUUUAUGAAAACAGUAAUAGAUGGAUGCACCCAAAUUUUUUGGAUCCAGAAGAUGUACAGACAUGGAAAGUAAAUGGAAACAUUAUAGAAAUGACUGAGUCAAAAAUAAAAACUAGUUAUUCUGACAUGAUUAAAGAGAAACUUUCCUUCAUAGAAAAAGAGAAUAAUGAGGAUUUUUCAAGGACACUUGAUAAAGAUUACGAAAAUGAUCAACUAAAAACAAGAAUUAUUGAUUACAUUAAGAAUGAAAAAUCAUUAGAAAAUAUAUUCAAUAGAUCAACAAUGCAUAAAAAACAAAACAAUGACGAUUUUAGGCUUACCUUUCGUGCUUAUGGAAAAAAGGGAGCUAUUAGAUACCAGGAAAGACAGAAUAGACAGAAUCAACAUAAUCAGCAGAAGAGGAAGAAUGAGGACAAUUUUAAAUUCGUAAAUCACUUCUUAAUAAAAGAGAGAGGCAUAUAG